GGGUCACCCUUCAGCAUGCGUGCUGUUAACGCAACACUCCUAAUGCGUGUUUUGGCAGGCUUUGCCGCCACGCCUGUGGAGGUGGGUGCCCGCGAUGUGCGGUGGAGCCGCUCCCCGCGCGGGCUGGCUGCAUUUCUCUGGGACUGCGUGUUCCUCCCGACUGCAGCCGUGGCGGGGCAGGGAGCCGCUCUCCUGCCACCCGGGGCGGCGGCGGCGGGCGGAACGGCGGCGGCGGGCCCCGCGUUGCUGCAGGGGCGCUGUUGGGACGGACCGGCCGGGUGCAGCGCCGUCAUGGCCGCCGGGCCCGCUGCGCCCCGCGUUCUCAACGUGAACGUGGGCGUCCUGGGCCACAUCGACAGCGGGAAGACGGCGCUGGCGCGGGCGCUGAGCACCACCGGCUCCACCGCCGCCUUCGACCGGGCGCCGCAGAGCCGGGCGCGGGGCAUCACGCUGGACCUGGGCUUCUCCUGCCUGCGCACCGCCCUGCCGCCGCAGCUGGGCCCGGGACCCGGCGAGCUCCAGUUCACGCUGGUCGACUGCCCGGGGCACGCCUCCCUCAUCCGCACCAUCAUCGGCGGUGCCCAGAUCAUUGAUUUGAUGAUGCUUGUAAUAGACGUGACAAAAGGGAUGCAGACGCAGUCAGCAGAGUGCUUGGUAAUUGGGCAAAUUGCCUGCCAGAAGAUGGUGGUAGUUCUGAACAAAAUAGAUCUCCUUCCAGAGGGGAAGAGACAAAGUGCCAUUGAGAAGAUGACUAAGAAAAUGCAGAAGACCUUGGAAAAUACUAAGUUCUGUGGGUGUCCUAUUGUUGCUGUUGCAGCAAAACCUGGUGGACCGGAAGCCCCAGAGUCUGAGAAUCCACUAGGUGUUUCUGAAUUGAUUGAGGUCCUGAAGUCUCAGGCUUACCUGCCAUCAAGAGACCCCUCAGGACACUUCCUUAUGGCAGUCGACCACUGUUUCUCUAUUAAGGGUCAAGGCACGGUGAUGACAGGGACUAUUCUUUCUGGCUCUGUUAGCCUUGGUGACAAUGUGGAGAUUCCUGCCCUGAAGGUGACAAAGAAAGUCAAGUCCAUGCAAAUGUUCCAUACUCCUGUGACUUACGCUAUGCAGGGUGACAGAGUAGGUAUCUGUGUAACCCAGUUUGAUCCCAAACUGCUAGAACGAGGCCUAAUUUGCACCCCAGAGUCACUUCACACCAUCCAUGCUGCAAUAAUUUCUCUGAAGAAAAUCCAGUAUUUUCGAGGAGCUCUCCAGACCAAGGCCAAGUUUCAUAUCACAGUUGGCCAUGAAACAGUUAUGGGAAGAGUGAUGUUUUUCAGUCCAGCCCCUGCUGAUUUCAAUGAAGAAAUUAAAGAAAAUGUUUUUGAUUUUGAAAAAGAUUAUCUUUAUCAAGAGGAAUAUUUGUCCAAGGACUCAGUUUCUUCAGAGAACAAAGAAAAUGACCAGGCAGAAGUCCAGCUCCCAAGACAACAGUGGGCUUUGCUGGAGUUUGAAAAACCAGUCACUUGUCCUAAACUGUGCCUUGUAAUUGGCUCCAAGCUGGAUACAGAUAUUCACGCAAAUACCUGCAGGCUGGCAUUCCAUGGGGUACUUCUCCAAGGCAUGGAAGACAAGAACUACAUGGAGACUUUCCUUCCAAAGCUGAAAGUGUACAAACUGAAGCACAAAGAAGGACAAGUGGAAAGGGUGAUCGAUGACUACAGUGUGAUUGGUCGUUCAUUGUUCAAAAAGGAAACAAACAUCCAGAUUUUUGUGGGUCUAAAAGUCAAACUAUCUACAGGAGAAGAUGGAAUAAUAGAUGGUGGUUUUGGACAAAGUGGCAAAUUUAAAAUCCGAAUUCCAGAUGGGCUGAAGCCAGAUACCAAGAUGCUUCUUACUGUUGCCUCCAAGAAGAAAUCUAAGGCAGGGAAGGGGGAUACAACCAAAGAGGAUGAGAGCAGCAAGAAUGAUUCAGCCCAACCUGUGACCAUCUCUCUGGUCUUUAAAAGAUAUGUCUUUGACACACAGAAGAAAAUGAUUCAAUCCUGAGAAGGCAGAGGCAUCUCUGAUCGUAACUGAAAGACCAGAAUCUGAAAUGAAUUCAGGUGGAAUGUGUUUCUUGUCUGAACACAUUAGAACUGUUCCUUCCUCACAGACAGAGCCUGGAAGUUCCUGCUGACUAUGUGCCCCCUUCCAAAAUCUCUGCAAUCUGGUUUUGUUCUGUUAGCAUCUGCUUAUUUUUUAUCUUUGCAAUGUGAAUCUUUACGGCCUCUCAGAGAAUGUCACCUGCCAGAUGAGCACAUUCAGGUGUGCGUUCCAAUAGCAGUGUUUUUCUGGAGAAUUGUUUUGAGGUUUCUCUUGAUUUAGAAGUUUUCUACCAAUAUUAAUCUAAAUCUAGGCAAGAUGUGAAUUUUAUGCAACCCACAAAGUGAAGCUGAUUAGUCUAGGUUUACUUCCCCAAGCAAAGUGGGGGACAGAAAGCACACAGGAUAAUAGGUGAAACCUAAAAUGGAUGUUUCACAUUCCUUCAGCUGCAGCUAUGUAAGAUGCUAUCUGAGAAAUUGUAUGGAUCUUUUUCAUAAAUAUGAUUUAUAUCUAGAAAUGUUUUUCAUAUUAAACAUAAUGAUGCAUGUAACUGAAAGUCUUAAUUGUUCUGUUUGUUGUUCCAAAGGUUCAGAACUGAUCUUCGGUGACAUUUUAUAUAGCUUUUCUGAAUUUCCUGCCUGUUCUGCGGUGAAUCCUACUCCAGAAUUGUUUUCUUUUUUUGUAACCAAAGUCUCUUUUGUGUGUGAAAGAAAAAGUUGCCUCUGGAAAUAGUCAAGAGCUUUAUUUCAUUAAAAUAAUGAUAGAAGAUUGCAAUAUAAGCCUUGUAAAAUUAAUAUCUCCAAGAUGCUUUAGAAACUGUUAGUUGUUUAAUAGAGAUUUGAUGGCUGCUUUAGGUCUUUCUUUCAGUUUCAUGUUCUAGGCUCAUAAAAAGGAGACCACUGGUAAUAUCCCUUCUUUGUUAUUUACAAAGCAUAGGACACCUUAACAUGAAAGCUAAGAAUAAUUCCAGAGGUAUGAAAGCUGCGAUCUGGAACAGAAAUUUGACUCAGUCUUGGCAGCAUGGAAAAUGUUAGUUCCUGCCUUUGGAACAAAAAGAGAACUUGUGCUUAUUGAUGUGACCCAUUCACUGAAGCCAGCCAUAGAAGAUAACCACAUGUAUAAUGUAAGUGCAUUAGGUGCACAUGGAAGUAAAUAACUGUAAUAGAUUGGUACUCUCAUUCUUACUAAUCAUAUUAUUAUAAUUAUUAAUAAUAUAACACUCAGUGUUAUUAGUCAAAUAUCCAUUGAUGGGCAUGAGUCAUGCUAACAAGAUCCUGAUUGCUUCAGUCUUUUUCUUUUCCUUUUAAUUUCCAGAUACCCAAAGUUGGCUACAAAUGGCUAACAUAUCAGCUAUUGAAAGGAUGUUUACAGCUGAACAGUCAUGAGACAGGGCACGUCUGGUGUCUAAACUAGGUUGAUGGUGCCCCUUUAAAUCAGAACAGAAUUAGCGCUUUGUGGAAUAAUCCCAAACAGUUUCUGCUGAGUGAGUCCCAGAAAAGCUUUAGCACAUCCCUUAAGAUUAUGGGGUAUGCUUUCAGAGUGAUCCCAGAGGAAUUAGGCAGGCAACUUCAGCUAUGGCUUAAUGUGACUUGUGCUGCCAGCCUUGCUGGAAAAUGUAUCCUAUAAUGAAAAAAAAAAAAGGCAUUUCACACCCCUGUCACCUCUUCUUCCCCAUGUUUUCCUCUUCCCAGACACCCCCAAAGGCAGUCUUUGGGAAGAAUAUUUUGUUAUCUUUCUUUUAAGCCUUUAUCAAAUCCUAUUUUGUACCCUGCGCUGUUGCCUCUGCUUAAGAUACCACAGUGAUGGAAGCUAGUGAUGGAAGCUAGAGAAACAGAUGAUAUAGAAGGAAUGCUACUAUAACCAUCUCAGGUUCGUCUUAGAGUUAUUGGUAUUAAAAAAACUCUCAUUUUAAAAAAAAAAAGUGAAUUAGUAAGUAACACUUUUAUCUGUAUAGUUCUAAUGUCCUUGCAAUAUUUUAAAUGUGUCACUAAAAUCUGCCAACUCUGCUUGGAAUUCUGGAAAGAAAAGGGCAGUCAUCAUGAGAGGUGUCCUGGUGUAGGAUAUUGUUGGCUGGUCCAGAGUUGUUAACCUUGCCCAUAGAGGUUUUUGUCUUUCUCACUUGUUGGACCUCCAUCCGUUUAUUGUCCAGUCUCCUGUAAGACACUUUUUAAAAUCUUUCCCACCAUCUUCUGUCUUGUUUCCAGACUAACAUACUAACUCAACAUCGUUCUUCCAUCUUCUCAGUCCAAGACCUAACCUCCUCCUCAGUGUUCCUAUUUUCCACCUUUGCUCAUUGUUUCUCCUUGUGCUGGCUCUGCUCUUGCCUCUGGAGAAGGAGAUGUAAAUCCAGGUGCUGGCAGGGCUCCCAUGGCGGGUGUUGGGAGCCCAGCAUGGCAAGGAACGCUCUUGCCCUGUAGCUUACACCACCUCCUGUGUGUGGUGAGUAACUGCCUGUGUUCAGGCACUUGUCUGUGAGGUGGGCAGAGUCCUGUGAACAGUCACUGCUGACCCAGUAGGAGCAGGCUGUGUUGGAGACAUGCAUGCUGUGCCUCAUGUGAGUCCGUUCACCCACCAGCGUAUCCUGUCCUUGUGCUUUGUAGUCUUCUGUGUAAAGCCCCUGUCACAAAGCCCUGUCCUUUCAUUUUGUUCCCCUAGCAGAGGUUCGUGUAGGACAGACAGCUGGGGGAGGUAUCUGUUGAAAUCUGGGGUUUGGUUUUGUGUUUUCCCCAUUUUUCAUUCCAAAAGGAGAACUUAAGUGUGUCCGAGAACUUUGAUUAUAAUGUGCUAUUACUGCAGAUCUCUGGCUGCUGUCCUUAGGCUGUUGGAUACACAUUCGAAAAAGGGUGAAAUGGUGGAACAAAAUGAUUAUGGGAAAAUCAAAGCUUUUAAAGACAUUUGUAGGAUGAACAGAUGUUCAAACAUUCUUUUAUUUGGUUUCCAGACAGACAUAGAGACUUUCCUUUCAUCCUCAUAAUCAGCGCAUUAUGCUGUAAUUUGUAAAAAUGGCAUUAAAAAAAUAUUAACAGGG